CAUAAUGCGCAUUACGAGUUCCGAAGUCCUGACAGUACUUUCGUCUCCAAAAAAACCGGGAAAAAUAGUGAAAACAAUUAAAAUCAACAAUCAUACAGCAGUAAAAAAAUUGUAAUGACCCCUGGGGAGUGGUUGAUGUGUCAGUCGUCAUCUGUCAAUCACCAGUGAAUCGCCAGGAAGGAAUAAUUCGAGGAGAUAAUUGUGGACAAUCUCGGUGAAUUAAUGAUAACAUCAAUUUGGAUGAGGGGCGGGAUGAAAUAAUUGGAGUUCAUACACAUAAAUCAGUGACACAGACGCCCUAAUAUCGUGGGUCCGCACUCAGUCCUCAGUGUAGGCUAGUCGGUCGCCCGAGUGGUCGUCGUGGAUUUUUUUCACCAUCAAAAACCCAAUGUGAGACCAUUCCAGAGAUUUCCAGAAAUUUUUGUAUGGAGACACCUCCAGAGGCAUCAUCCAGUGAGGCAGACUGCCAAUAGGUUUUUUUUAUUAAAAUUUUUUUUUAUUACUGAGGUCUUGGAUUUUCAUGGAGCAAUUCUGCAGGGAUAAUUGCAGCAUGGAGGUACUUGUGGAGAGUGUCAGGGACGAGGUAUGGGGACAGUGGGACGAGUUUGUGAAUUAUUUUGAGUAUCAGCCAUGGUUUUUCUCACUACUUGGAAGUGUUAUGGUUGGACUUUCGGGAGUUUUUCCACUGCUUGUUAUUCCUAUUGAGGAUGGAGUCAACUUGAAGAGCGGAGCUGGUGCUGGAACCCUGCGAUUGCUCUUGAGUUUUGCUGUUGGUGGACUCCUAGGGGAUGUUUUCCUGCACCUGUUACCAGAGGCAUGGGGAAAUAAAUCAUUGAACGACUCGACGAAGGGCCAUCCAUCGAUACUCUGUGGUCUUUGGGUCCUCACUGGCUUCCUGGUGUUCAUCAUCGCUGAGAAAAUAUUCGUUGGGAGUAACCACGACGACGAUGAUGACAAAGAGACUGAUAACGAGCCAAAGGUUUUUCCCAGGAACAAUCAGAAAAUCGUUAACAAUAAUCACCAGAAUGGUCACUACUUCCAUAUCAAUGAUGUAGCCAAGAAGAAUGGUUUUGCCAAUGGAGUGUUGAAGCCCAGGAAGGAGAUGUACAGCAGAAGUGAAAUGCAGAAAGUCGAUUUUUCAGUCAAGUCCAAUGGAUUUUCUAAAGAAAUCGCUGGACAAAAUGGAAUUGGCAAGGAUAAAAAGAGAAAGACGAAUGAUAAGCCGAAGGGGAAGCAUAUCAGUGGUUAUCUCAAUUUAAUGGCUAAUUGCAUCGAUAAUUUCACUCAUGGAUUGGCUGUUGGUGGGUCUUUUCUCGUGUCGUUUAGGCUCGGGGCUCUCACCACUUUUGCUAUUCUCAUUCAUGAAAUACCACAUGAGGUCGGCGAUUUUGCUAUUCUUCUCAAGAGUGGAUUCAACAGGUGGGAUGCUGCGCGGGCGCAACUCGUCACCGCCACCGGGGGAAUCCUCGGGGCACUUUUUGCUGUGGCCUUUUCUGGGAGUGGAGUCGAGGCUCGAACCAGCUGGAUAUUACCAUUCACCGCAGGUGGUUUUUUGCACAUUGGUCUCGUAACAGUUCUCCCAGAGCUCCUCCAGGAGUCAAAUCCCAAGGAAUCGAUGAAGCAGUUGGGGGCACUCCUCAGUGGUAUCACGAUAAUGGCAAUACUGACGAUCAUUUGUGAUUGAGACAAAAUUUAUUAAUUAUCUCACACACAAAUGCUGAAUUCCACUCAAUCCCUAGACGUAGAAGCUUUAAGGAACACGAGAAACUAAUUGACUGAUAAAUGUGUGAUGUUUCUUAGCAAAAGGGUAAGAAAAACGAAAAAAAAAGAGAGAUAUCAGUUUUUUUUCUCUUCAUUUAAUGAGAUUUAUCAUUUUUUUUUUGUCUAGUUGAUUGAUUGAUACUCGCAGUGCGAGAUUAUUGUCGAACAAAUUGAAAUGUCUGCAUGAUACGUUCUCUCUUCGAUUUUUGGGAAUUAUCUGGUGAAUGAAUUUUUUUCUCUAUUCUAUUUUUUCCAAAUGCGCACACUAGGUUCACAGGGAAAUGUUAGAUUUUUUUUUUCAUUGAUAUCCGAUUUGGAAAGAGCUCUUUAGAUCCUUAUGAGACAUUUAUUUUCGUGGUAUUCGGGGUACGGGGGGAGAAAUGGAAAUCUAAUCGAUUAUUUAACUCUUGCUGUAGAUUUUUUUGUCUGGCCAGUAGAGAAUCAGAAUAAAAUGGAAAACGGAAUGGAGUAAUCGUUACCUCCAUUAUCAUUAAUUAUCUUGAAUAUAUUUUCACGUAUUGUUAGUCGAUUUUCAUAGUCUAAUUUUUCUGUAUAAAUAAAAAAAAAAUCGUGUUGGAGAGCAUUUGAAGAAUCCGGUGUUGAUUUCCAUGAGAAGUAUUUGAAAAAUCGAAAUAAUGCGUUAAAUUUCUUGACAUUAUUCAUUAAAAAAUUUAUAUAAAUUGGAUAAUGCGAGUGCAUGGAUGAGGACUGUAAAUAUUGACGAGAAUGCACAAUUUAUUUUGCCAUUUGACGUGCAUUUUCGAUUAUUUCACCUAAAU